UGCCGAAAUGGCCAGCCUGCGCCAUACAAAAAAGUUGGCUUCCUUCAAAGUUGAGAUUGCUUUAUUUCGGAGAAGAAAUCAAUGGCAGUGUCUGCUCUCCCUAUUGCCACUACAAAUCCCAAUGCCCUUCAAAUCUUUACUACUCCCAAAUUCACUCUCUCAUGUUCUCUCUCUUGUCAUUCAAAACCCAGCAGCUCCAAGCCUAAGCUUUCUUCAUCCUCCAAUUGUGCAGCUCGGAAAACUUUUCUGGACUUUGGUAUCGGAAUUGUGGCAGCUUCAGUCCUGGCCCUGACGCCCUUGGAUGCCGAUGCAACUAGAAUCGAAUAUUACGCCACUGUUGGGGAACCUUUAUGUGAGCUUAAGUAUGCCAAGUCGGGUCUUGGUUACUGCGAUGUCGUAGAAGGACCUGGGGACGAAGCCCCUCUCGGCGAGCUUAUUAAUGUUCACUACACUGCAAGAUUCGCUGAUGAGACUGUGUUUGAUAGCAGCUACAAACGUGCUAGACCUCUCACCAUGCGCAUAGGUGUUGGUAAGGUUAUCAAGGGAUUAGAUCAGGGAAUUUUGGGGGGUGAAGGAGUACCUCCAAUGCGGAUAGGCGGAAAACGCAAACUAAGGAUUCCACCGCAUUUAGCAUACGGCCCAGAACCUGCGGGAUGUUUUUCAGGUGACUGCAAUAUACCGGGCAAUGCCACUCUGCUGUAUGAUAUUAAUUUUGUUGGUAUUUACUCUGGUAAUGCAAAGUAAAGGGAUAGAAGAUGUUGGAAACAUUGUUGCACCUGAAGCACACUACACUCGGAUCAAGAAUACCUAAAAUAGGCAUGGUUCUAAAAGAUAAGAGCAAUUAAUUAAAUGGACAUUUUGACAAGAGAGCGUGGAUCAACCUGUUUGGAAGAAUCUCCUUGCUGAUUCCAACAACUUCAAGUUACUAUUCUUCCUGGACGGGCAGCUGGACACGAUUGAUAUUGAUACCCAUUUUGAGAGCAGUGAUAUGGAAAUGUCCGGUAUGGUGUAUCGAACAUAACAUGGACGCAACUUUUGUACCUUUAGUGUGUUUGUAAUUUUCAGUGUUAUCACCUCCACUUGUAUUUUUUUCCCCUGAAAUGACUGUGGUUCUGGAUGCUUAGAAUUUAGGACAAUGAAAAUUAGUGAUUCUGAGUCU